AAUAAAUUGAAAAGAAUAUAUAAAUAAUGAAUUUUAAAAUAAAUUCGGAAGCAAUUAUUUUAUUUAUUUUUAUUUUUAAAAAAUCCGAGAUUUCUCGGCAGUCUCUGAGAACGUUUGUUGGGAGUGACUUCAAAACUUUUCCCUAAUUAAUUUUCAGUGACAACAUCGUGGGUUUAAUCUCCGAUGGCCGUAGCUGCUGCCGCCGCCUCCGCCGCCGCUACAUCGUCGGCGUUGGCUUUUCCUUCUUCCUUGAGCUAUACGCGGCUAUGCCAGAGCAAUCCUUCGGCUCCUUUGUGUUCUUCAUCGUCCUGCUUCUUCGCGGGUGGGAAGUUUAUGCAAGUUCAGUUAUCCUCUGCCGCGCAAUUGAAUAAGAAAAUGUCUGCGAGGAGGUUUUCGAGAGUGGUUGUAGUUGCUGCAGCUGAUUAUUACUCAACUCUUGGAGUGACAAAAUCUGCUAGUGGCAAGGAGAUUAAGGCUGCUUACAGGAAGCUGGCAAGGCAGUACCACCCUGAUGUCAACAAAGAACCUGGAGCAACUGAAAAAUUCAAAGAGAUUAGUGCUGCAUAUGAGGUACUAUCAGAUGACAAAAAGAGAGCCAUGUAUGAUCGAUAUGGUGAGGAUGGACUGAAAACUGGCGUAGGUGGAGCAGGUGGUUACACGUCAACCAACCCUUUUGAUCUAUUUGAGGCAUUUUUUGGGCCUAGCAUGGGUGGAUUUGCUGGAAUGGAGGGAUCAGCGUUUGGAUCAACUCGUCGUAGUGCAGUUUCCAAAGGUGAAGAUCUUCGUUAUGACAUGACAUUGGACUUUUUGGCAUCUAUAUUUGGUGCCGAAAAAGAAUUUGAGCUGUCCCAUCUUGAAUCAUGUGAUGCUUGUUCUGGUACUGGAGCAAAAGUUGGGUCCAAAAUGAGGGUAUGCUCAACAUGUGGUGGGCGAGGUCAAGUCAUGAGAACUGAGCAAACACCUUUUGGCAUGUUUUCACAGGUUUCAGUGUGCCCGAGUUGUGGAGGCGAUGGGGAAAUGAUAUCAGAAACAUGUCGUAAAUGCUCUGGCACAGGAAGGAUGCGGGUUAGAAAAGAAAUCAAAGUCAAAAUUCCUCCUGGAGUCAGCAAGGGAAGCAUUCUUCGAGUUGCUGGAGAGGGUGAUGCAGGGUUAAAAGGGGGGCCACCAGGAGAUCUAUUUGUCUAUCUUGAUAUCAAAGAGAUACCAGAGAUUCAGAGAGAUGGCAUAAAUCUUCUUUCAACCAUUUCAAUAAACUAUCUGGAUGCUAUACUGGGGACUGUUGUAAAGGUUAAGACGGUAGAUGGGAUGGCUGACCUCCAGAUUCCUCCAGGCACACAACCUGGGGAUGUGCUCGUCUUGGCAAGAAAAGGUGCUCCAAAGCUAAAUAGGCCAUCAAUACGUGGCGAUCAUCUAUUCACCGUUAAAGUUAAUAUUCCGAAGCGUGUCAGUGAAAAAGAACGUGAACUGCUUGAGGAGCUUUCUUCUCUUGGGAAAGCCCCUGUCAAUCCGUCAAAAACUCGUACAAAGGUUCAACAAUCUGUUGAGAGUACAGUGAAUCAAACAGACACCAUUGCAGAAAACAAAGAUGAAUCAGAAGAUCAAAGUGACUUGUUGACGAAAUUGAAAGAUUUCGCCGGAUCCAUUGCAAGUGGAGCUAUGAAAUGGUUCAAAGAUAACAUGUAACUUCUCGUCACCAUGUACCCGUAGCAUAAACAGUCACCUGAGCAGGCGCCAUGGAUUUUGCCGGUCAGUUUCACUCUCUAGUAGAUUCGAAACAAGGAAUCUCAUCAGUGGAUGAGAAUUGUGGAUGAAUUCUUUAAUUUUUCCCUCUCUGAACUGCUGCAAAUUGUAGCUCAUCUCAGUUCUAUUCUGUUACUACAGCCUGAAUGACAGACCACAUUCUGAUAGUAUUUCAAGGUACACUUUGCUCUUCUUGCUUUC